UCAACAUCGCCAAUCCAGGACUUCGCUUUUUCUCUCUGUUGUAUCAAGUCUUUUGCUCGCGCUUUGCUUCCAGAGUCGGAGGAACUGCGACGAAAAUACUACCUCUAGGGCUGAACUACAACUCUCGCUCUCAUGGGCGCAGGGCAGUCCACUACCGCGAACUCCUCACAAACACCACCGCGCGCGUUGCAUGUCCUACGCGUCACACCGUCCUCGCCAGCCUCACGGACGAGCAUCGAGCCUUUCUUUGACUUUGUGGUCGGAUUCCAAGGCGACGACUUCUCCUCAACCGAUAGUGCUGACGCGACAGAGCUUGAGAAGAUAGUCGAGAACCAUGAGGGGCGGACGCUGAACCUGUUGGUCUGGAACAGCAAAAGUCAGCAGACAAGAGUCGUGCCAAUUGUGCCCUCGAGGGACUGGGCUUUGCCACACACGACAGCUCCGGACCCGCAAGAACCGGAGGCAGGGCACAAACCCUCGCUGCUCGGACUUAGCAUGCGCAUUUGCCAACCUGAGCUCGCCCUCGAUAACGUGUGGCAUGUGCUAGAUGUUCUCGAAGGAAGUCCUGCCGAGAGCGCGGGAUUGGUGCCAUACGGCGACUGGAUUAUCGGAUGGUCUGGAGGCGUGCUCAGUGCCGAGGGGGACUUCUACGAAGUCGUCGAGAAUCAUAUCGAAAAGCCCCUCCGUGUGUAUGUGUAUUCAUACGACUUCGAUACAAUCCGGGAAGUUGUCCUCGUUCCCAAUCGUCACUGGGGCGGAGAAGGACUGCUAGGAUGCGUUUUCGGCUUCGGUCUGCUUCAUCGUAUUCCGCCAAUACCUCCGGACAGAGAGCCGGGCUCGACGCCCCCAGAGCUGUCCGAGGAAUACGAAGGCUACGAGGACCAGCAGCUCUUCGUGCCUGCCGACUACCACGGGGAAAGCGAAGUCUCGGAGCAGGACCUUGACGAAGAGGAGCUGCGUUGGCAGCAGGAAGAGUGGAUGCGUCGGUCGUAUGCAAGCGCGAGCAGCUACGAGCAUGUGUCUGCCAAUGGCAAUGAGACCAUUUCUGCGUACGCGAGGCCGGUUGAUGACUCGGAUGAGCCGGCUUCUCUACAGGACGAAGACGAAGACAGUACAGUCGACGACCGUGAUGACGAUAAUACUACCAAUGACUGUGAUGGUGGUAGCGGCGGCGGCAGGGCUAGCGAAGAGCAAUUCAUGCCCUCGUCACCGCUUGGUUACCCAGACAGUGCCGACGAACAGCUGGUGACUGCUGAAGAGCUCCAAAAUAUCCCAAGUAACGACAUAUCCCAGCCUAUACCUGCCUCGCGGAACAACCAUACUAUACCCAAGGCUAUUGACUUGCGCGAUACCUCCCAAUCGCCGCCCCCGGACGCCCCUGAAGAUGUCAUUGAUGGUGCUGUCCGAAGUACUCCAGUGCCGGUGCACGUCACACCUGUGCGGCCAGCGUUUUCUCCAUUCCGCGUCGGGUCACCCCGCAUUGGUUCGCCGCGCCCUUCAACGCCGACUCCGAGGCUGGGAUCAUUUUCUUUCAUGAAUGGUGAUUCGUCGCGACCGUCCUGAGUGUCAUGCCCCCACUCAACGACCUUUGUGUCAACUAAGGUAUCGGCAUCAGCCCGCGCACGUCCACAUGGGGCAGCAGUGGUGGCGUAUACGACCUGUCGGCGAGAGAUGCGUCUCCCGCGACAAGGGUGGGCCACAUGCGAGGUGACGGCGGCGAUCGCCAGAGCCAUGACAUUGAUCGCGACGAUGCCGUAAGUGAGGCUGAUACCGAUACAACGGAGACGACGGAGAUGGAUAGCGAAGUGACUUCGCAGGCUGGCAGUCUCACGAGUAUCGACUAGGAUCUGGGAUACUGAGGUCAUGAGUGUUAUGACUUGUGCUCGGUAUUGUGGAUGGAUGAAUCAGGCUCGGCG